AGGUCAGUCCAGGUUCAGCAAUCGUUUAUUGUGCUCCAAGAGCUUCCAAUCUCCAGUUCUUUCAGCCUUCCUCCCAAAGGCAAGCCCACGACAGAGCCAGGUCCACUUGGCCUGGGUCCUGUAAUUCUUGGCAGGUCUACAGUCCUUGUGGGAGGCCCAGUUGGGGGUGAAGUUCAGGCAGCACGUCUGGGCAUACAUCUGUCCAUAGCCCAAGUCUGCAGGGCUGUCUUCACAAGACGAAGAGUCUACAGCUCUAAGGCACUCACUAGUGAGGUCCACAAGGGUUAUGGGGUGGAGUUACUAACCACCGGAACCAUUAUGGGGGUCCUGGAUGACCUCUCAGGCCCCGCUCAGAAAUGCAGUGCACUCUUCUUGCACCUGGGCCAAAACCAGCAAGUAGUGCUUGAGUGUGUGUACUGCAGGUUAGCAAGCUAGGGACUGUAGCCACCGCCUCUUCUUAAAUGAAAGCUGCAACCCCAGAAACCCCUGCCGCCAGGACCACUGCAAAGAGUGACAAGGAGGUUCUGGGGAUAGCGUCUUUUCAACUCCUAAAGCCCCCACCCAACCUGGACAAAGAUGUUCCCUACUCACUCGAGGCAGUGGCAGAAACUACGCAGCGAAGUUUGACUGCGGCGCGCAGAUCGGCAGAAAGCCGAGUUCUGCCUCUCCAAGUCCGGGAUGGGGGCUGUUAGCGGCCAACAGCUGAUGCAGCAGCGGCCUCAAAUGCCUCAUCGGCUAGAAAUGCCUCAUCUACAGACCACGGGGUCAAAGAGUCUUGAUGCAGGCGCUCUCCAAGAAAACCUGCCGGCUCCGCCCUUGAAGAAGCUCCUCCCCCAUGACCGCAAGAAGCGGAGAGACCAGCCGUGCACCCGCAGCUACCUCUAUAGCAACCGCAGCAGGUCCUUUCGUGUCAACGUGUCACGUGCUUGUUUCUCAGCCAUUAAUGGCCGCAGGCAGCCCCUCCCGACUCCCGAGUUAGCCCCUCCAGGGCGGUCUGACCUGCGGGCCUCUCUCCUUCCCUCAAUUCCGCCGUCCUACCAGCGGUCCAGACGUUCCCAGGCAGCCGCGUGCGCCCCCGUAGUGCGCUAGGACCCGGGCCUAGUGACCAGCCAUCCCGGCGCCACUUCUCAAGGACCGCUGCCACGUUCGUGUGGCGUGGGCCGGAGGGCGGGGCUUGAACGCCGAUGGGCGGAGCCUUGGAAGGAAUAGUGAGGGUAUGUCCUGGUUACUGCAGGGCGGGGCCGGUAGAGAGCGCGGUGGUAGCUUCUCUGAGCUAAGAGAACAGGCUCGAUCCGCGAGGCUCCGCCUUUGCUCACGUGUCCCCAUGUCAGCUCCGCCCCACACCGGAAGUUCCGGUGGCGGAUCGCCGACCGGGCGGAGCUGAUCGCUGCGCGGGCUGCGAGAUCUAGGUGGCCGGGCGCGGAGCCCAAGCCGUGCCGCGCGGCGCCAUGAAGGGCAAGGAGGAAAAGGAGGGCGGCGCGCGGCUGGGCACUGGUGGCGGCGGCAGCCCUGAUAAGAGCCCGAGUGCGCAGGAGCUCAAGGAGCAGGGGAACCGGCUCUUCGUGGGCCGCAAAUACCCGGAGGCGGCGGCCUGCUACGGCCGCGCCAUCACCCGGAACCCACUUGUGGCAGUGUACUACACCAACCGGGCCCUGUGCUAUCUGAAGAUGCAGCAGCCUGAACAGGCACUCGCUGACUGCCGGCGAGCCCUGGAGCUGGACGGGCAGUCUGUGAAGGCGCACUUCUUCCUGGGGCAGUGCCAGCUGGAGAUGGAGAGUUAUGAUGAGGCCAUUGCCAAUCUGCAGCGAGCCUAUAGUUUGGCCAAGGAGCAGCGACUCAACUUUGGGGAUGAUAUUCCUAGUGCCCUUCGCAUUGCUAAGAAGAAGCGCUGGAACAGUAUUGAGGAACGGCGCAUCCACCAGGAGAGUGAGCUGCAUUCAUAUCUCACCAGGCUCAUUGCUGCUGAGCGAGAGAGGGAACUGGAAGAGUGUCAGCGGAACCACGAGGGUGAUGAGGAUGAUGGCCACAUCCGGGCCCAGCAGGCCUGCAUUGAGGCCAAGCACGAUAAAUACAUGGCAGACAUGGAUGAGCUCUUCUCUCAGGUGGACGAGAAAAGAAAGAAGCGAGAUAUCCCUGACUACUUGUGUGGCAAGAUCAGCUUUGAGCUGAUGCGGGAGCCCUGCAUUACACCCAGUGGUAUCACCUACGACCGCAAGGACAUUGAGGAGCACCUGCAGCGUGUGGGCCACUUUGACCCUGUGACCCGGAGCCCUCUGACCCAGGAACAGCUCAUCCCCAACUUGGCCAUGAAGGAAGUCAUUGAUGCUUUCAUCUCUGAGAACGGCUGGGUAGAGGACUACUGAGGCCCAGUGUCCUGCCUGGCACCCUGGCCCAGGAGAGUCUGGAGACGGAAGCUCCAGCCCCUGUAUAUAGUUUGUGUCCCUGGGCCUGUCCCCAUCGGUCCUGCUGAUGGGUUCUGAACUGCUCCCCUUCUCAGCAUACCCCUUGCUGGGCCAUGAGCCUCCCUUGUCCCCCUUCUGGGCUGGAGAGCUGGUGAGGGCGGGCUGAGGUUGCUGCUGCUGCCACUGUCCUGUAAUAAAGUCUGUGAGCACUACA